AUGGAGAGCCCAUCUGAAUCUCCUUCGCAGCCCGUGGACAAGGGCAAGGCGCGGGCCAUUGCUAUCACGGAACAAACCCCACUGCUAGGCCGGGCUUCCUCAUCGACUUCGACCGCCGAAUUCCAUGCCCCAUCGACACCAACGACGCCUCGCCGUGCCCUAUGGCAUCGGAUGCUGAAGGUGUUCCUGGUCUCAUUUUUAUUUUGUCUCUUGGCUUUCACCCUCCUGGCGUUUCUUCUCUAUUCGUACGCAGCCCAGGCCAAGGGCACGCCGAUACAAGAAGUACUGAACUCAUCCUUAAUCUUUCACGGCCCCAGUCAUGUGGACGUCCUACACAUUACAGACACGGGCAAAAUCCACCUUCUCGUCAAAGGCAAGAUUGGUGUUGAUGCCGGUUCGAUUAUCAAAGUCCACAGACACCCCGACUCGGACGGCCUUUGGUCCAAGGUUCGCAAGUCUAUAGGACGUUGGGGGAUUCGAAAAUUAGACCGCGUAUCCCUUCGACUACAACCAAUCGCCAUUUCUCCGUACUACGACACACUAGUAACGCUUGGGCAUGUAGAGGUGCAGCCAUUCGAAGUCCCCCUUGCCGCAAACCCUCCUUUGGACAAGUCUUGGUUAGAGGACAUCACCCUCGCCGUGGCCGUGGUUCCAGCCCAGAAUGUGUCUGAUCUGACUACCUUUGUGAAGGAUGCUUGGAGCUCGGGUAGGUUUGACGUACGGGCAGACAUAGAUGAGGUAGCCGUAAGAGGUGGGGCGCUCGGCGAUGGGGGUUGGAGAGGGCUCUUUCAGCGUUCUAUAUCUCAUCCUCGUGUGGAUAUUCAAGUACCCAUACCGCCGUUGCCUGGCCUUCCACAACCAGGGAAACAUUUACCACUGCCAUCCUUCUCUCAACUUGUUACCCUAUUGUCAUUCAAUAUAACGACUGCUGAGCAAGAGCUUUCCUUAAAAGCUCGAGCUACAGCAAUAGACCCAUUUCCUGAAACGAUUAGUCUGACGACACCCCCAUUGCCUUUCACCAUCUCACUUCCAACACCGGAUUCACUCAUACCCAUUGCCUCUGUCGAAACUCGCCCCUUCGAUUUGACCCAUCCCAACAUCACUCUAGACAUCGAGGGCCAUGUCCUUCCCCUCACUACGGGCAGUUCAUCAGUUCUAUCUGCUUUCCUGUCACGCUAUCUAUCCGGCGAAGCUAAUCCAAUAUCCAUCUCCACGCCCAUCUAUCAUGGAAUGACAGUAGACGCCGAGUUCCCCGCACCAAAUCCUCGACCGAGCAUCCUACGUAAUGUUACCAUCCACGACAUGCGGAUAAAAGCUUAUGGGACGACAUUCCUUGCGAGUGGGACAGUAAACGCACGGGUGGUGUUACCAAAGGGCAUGAACCUUGAUCUGGACAUAUUCCAUGUUCUCCCUGACGUCUUGGUUUUCGAUGGAGAAGUACCAGACGAAGACGACGUGAAGGCUGCCCCUCCGUCCCCUGAACUUCCAGAUCCUCUGCCCGAGAAAGCAUUUGGCCACAUUCGGCCUGAAGAUUGGCUGGACUCGGUCAGCGAAUCCGUACCGUCAGAAGGCGAUGUCGGAUCAUCUUUCUCUGUCGUAGCAAAUAUAGUCGAAGUACCUUUGAAAGUUUUGCCCGGCCGCCAGAGGGAAUUCAGCAACUUCGUCAGCAAGGUUCUAUUUAAGACGAACGGUGCUAUUGCCGGGAUCAUGGGUCUGGCGUCUGUCGCUGUGAAUGUGCCUGGCCUUCCUAUGGACGGCGAGGCAGGAGCUAUGGAACUCAGUGGUUUACCAUUCCAAGGGAGCGUGCGGGUACGCAGGAACAGCUUUUAG